AUGGUUUUUUAUUAUAUGUGUCUUUCCUUCCCUUUCUUGGUGAAUGCUCUUGAGAGAUCAGCAGUGGCCAACGGAAGUUUUGGAAGAUCUGUUGAAAUACCUAACAUCUCUCUCUUUUUUUCUUGGACGAAUUAUACCCUUGUCGAUUGGCAGAGCUUUUUGGAGGGGAGAAAAUAUGGAACGGGAUCCCAAAAUAUUGUUGUGAAGUCCCUUCUUGUUGUGGCAUACUCCUUUAUCAUAAUAUUCUCACUCUUCGGCAACGUCUUGGUCUGUCAUGUUGUGAUCAAAAACAAAAGGAUGCAUUUCGCAACCAGCCUCUUCAUUGCGAAUCUUGCUGUAGCAGACCUUAUGAUCACGUUUCUCAAUACUCCAUUUACUUUGGCUCGCUUUGUAAACAGCACGUGGAUAUUCGGGAAGGGGAUGUGCCACGUCAGUCGCUUUGCGCAAUACUGCUCCCUCCACGUGUCGGCUUUCACCCUAACAGCCAUCGCAGUGGACAGACAUCAGGUGGUAAUGCAUCCCCUUAAACCUCGGAUUUCCACUACCAAAGGUCUCGUUUCUAUUGGCGUCAUAUGGAUCAUGGCCGCCUGCUUCUCUCUCCCACAUGCGAUCUAUCAGAAGUUAUUCAUAUUUGAAUACAGCCGGGAAGUCACCCGAUACUUGUGCCUCCCCGAUUUCCCUGAACCAGCUGAUCUAUUCUGGAAGUACCUGGACUUAGCAACAUUCAUUCUACUCUAUAUUCUGCCCCUCAUCAUUAUCUCCAUGACCUAUAUGAGUGUUGCCAAGAGACUCUGGCUCCGCAACGCCGUUGGGGAUGUGACUGUAGAGCAAUAUUUUGCCCUUCAGCGAAAGAAAAAGACAACCAUUAAGAUGCUGAUACUGGUGGUGGUGAUCUUCGCUGUCUGCUGGUUCCCCCUGAACUGUUACGUUGUCCUCCUCUCCAGCCAAGUGAUCCGCACCAACAAUGCUCUCUAUUUUGUUUUUCACUGGCUUGCCAUGAGCAGCACUUGCUGCAACCCUUUUAUAUACUGCUGGCUCAAUGAGAAUUUCAGAGCAGAGUUGAAGAAUUGCCUCAAUGUCUGCCAGAAGAUCCCAGGUUUUGGGGGCCAAAGGCCUCCGCCUUCUACUGCUCUGUCCUACAGAACAGCCUGGCCAGACAAUAACAACUGCAAGGGGUCGCAGGUCUCCCGUGGCCUAUUGGCAUUCCAGUUCCAGUCAGGAAAAACGGACUUGAUGUCUGUUGAGCCUAUUGUUGCUAUGCGUUGA